CUCGUUUCAACAAAUGUGAUGAUGAUGAUAUGAAACACACAACAAGCAGGAACAUAAUUAACAGUUGGUACUUUGAACAUGAAUGGUAAAGUGGAUAUCAAGAAGAAGAAGCUGCAAUGUGUCAUAAAACAGCAGCAUUUGAUUCUUACUCAAGGCUGCGGGGCAAAAAAGUGUAAAAAUGAACAAUGUGUUUCAUCAGGCUCAUUUACAGGUAAAACGAUGCCCAUGGAUCCCAAUUCUGCUGCAAAAUGUGCAAUAGAUAUAUACAGACACAAGAAAGACAGUCUGCCAGAUGCAGAGGUGCUCUCUUCACACGAGAUAUUCUCGUUAGUCAACCAUAGCUCAGGACCUUUGUAUGAGCUUCUGACUCCAACUCUCAAAUCUGUGCUAUCUGAUCCUGACAAGCUUUCAAAGAGCUUUACACAGGUUGGUAUUUCUACUGCGCCUGGCAUUGUAACGAUUGACAAGGAUGCAUUGGAGGAAUCGUACGAAAUCUUGUUUAAUCUGGACAAUCCGGAGCUGGAAGAAACCAUUUGUGACAGCUUUAGUGAUAUGGUAGCACUUUUACUAAAGCGUGUGAAGGACGAUUCAAAGGAGAGUAAAAACCUGAUAAAUUGUUUUGUGAUCCUACUUUUAAAUCCGAGGUUACAGAACCCAGAGUAUGCUGGCGGCUGCUUAGCAGAUCUCUGUGCAUGUCUGUCAGUUCUACGAAAUGGUUAUAAAGUGAAUUUGAUUCAUUACAUAUCGACAUUACCCUCAGAUACCAUAACUGAAAUGAUAUACAACUUUCAACAGGUGAUAGCGAUAGGAAUAGCACUACGUGAAGACGAGGACGAAACCCUACACAAAACAAAAGCAGUGUGUGACGGAGUGACAGGGUUACAGCUACUGUACGGGGCUGUGGUGUACCGCGCGCAACACACCAUCCACCACGUGCUGGGUGAUCUCAGCAUGACCAAACAACUGUCCAGGGAGAUCAGCACGCCUGUUACCCCCUAUACCAGUAAUAAUCUUAUAGAGGUUAUAAGUUCAUCUAGUGGGGUGGUUGUAGCUGAUGAUACUGAUUCUGCUGCUUCAGAAGUUGAAAUGAGUAGGGACACUGGCGAAGCUGUUAGGUCCGGAAAUGGUCCUGAUGACAAAACCAAUUCCGUGGCUGAAGACUCAAGUUCAGUUGUGGCAAGAGAGCCUGGAUAUUCGAACCCUGAUCAAAAACCAUCGGACUCCAACCCGAUAACCAAUCAAACACUAAACGAACCCAUCAAACAACCAGAAAGUAGCUCUUCUCCGAACACAGAUACUGGUAGAAGUGGAAACGGUCCAGAUCUAUCUAGGUCGAUAAGUGCUCUGUCGGAGGAGAACUCAGCCAACUUACAAUCAGCUUCUGAUGUUUUGUUUCCUCUACUUGCUGCUAUGGAAGGUGAUAUGGCAGAGUUUGAAGAUUUGGAAGAUUUAGAAGAUGGAGAUGAAGAUGACGAAGAUGAAGGUGAUGAAGACGACCAGAACAACUCUCCCCCAGUUGAGAGUGCUCGUAGACUACUGGACUUUGCUAGUCCUGUAGUAGACGGUGACGACACUGAGAGCUCAGACGAGGACGAUCCUCUGACCAGUUUCUUCAGAAUACAGAUGAACGGUUUACUGAGUGGGAGGUCCCGAUCAAGAAGACCUGAACCAACUCCCAAACUAUUCACUAAAUUAGGUAUAAAGCCACUGUGGGACUCACACACGAACAUUGACCUGUCUUUAUUCUACAACGACAACAUUUCACAAGAGCUAAAGAUGGACGAGGAUUACAUCAACUACAAGUCAGGGAAGGGCUUUGCGUUCCUUCACUAUCCGUUUGUAUUGAGACCCCAUGUCAAGAGUGUAGGAUUACAGUUUGAUAACAGGAUCAACAUGAACAGAUCAGUUAACCCCUUCCUUCUACUGAUGUCUGGAGAAUACCCUUACUUAAAACUUGUAGUGAAACGUAACAACCUCGUCGAGGACGCUUUGACUCAUCUAGAAAUGGUAGCAGAGGAAGAACCUCAACAGUUACAAAGACAACUUUACGUAGAGUUUGAGGGGGAGGAGGGGGUGGAUGAGGGAGGGGUCUCUAAAGAGUUCUUCCAACUCAUCAUAGCAGAACUCUUCAACCCUAACUAUGGAAUGUUUGUUGACAUAGAAGACACUCGGAUGCUGUGGUUCAACCCCCAGUCCUUUGAAGUGGAUCACAACUACAAGCUAAUUGGAAUGUUGCUCGGUUUAGCUGUUUACAACAAUAUCAUUCUAGACAUUCGCUUCCCUACUGUGCUAUACCAGAAGUUAAUGGGAGAACAGUCUGAUAUACGGGAUCUGAUCCUGACACACCCUCUGCUGGGGUCCAGUUUACAACAACUCCUGGACUACCCUGAUGAGGAUGUGGAGGAGGUGUUCAUGUUGGACUUUGUGGCCAGCACCACUGGUUUAUUUGGAGAGACAAUAACGCACCACCUAGUGGAAGGAGGAGACGAAAUCCCUGUGACAAGCGACAAUAAACACGAAUUUGUCUCUAAAUACGUCGACUACGUUCUCAAUACUUCUGUUUCCAAACAGUUCGAUCAGUUUAAGAAAGGGUUUGACAUGGUGGCUUCCCACUCUCCGCUAAAAUCCUGGUUCCGUCCUGAAGAGCUGGAGAAGCUGAUAGUCGGAACACAUAAACUAGACUUUAAAGCGCUCCAGACAGUUGCCAGAUACGAUAACGGUUAUACUGCUGAUAGCGAUGUUGUCAAGUGGUUUUGGGAAGUGACACACGCCAUGACGGACGAAGAUAAGUCAAAGUUGUUAGCAUUUUCCACAGGGUGCGGCAGGGCUCCAGUCGGUGGAAUGUCAGAGAUGAAUUUUAUAGUGGUUAAAAACGGGGGUGACUCAGAAAGACUACCGACUGCUCACACGUGUUUCAAUGUUCUUCUUCUCCCGGAAUACUCUUCAAAAGAUAAGCUCAAAAGCAAACUUUUCAGCGCCAUUCAACACUUUGAGGGAUUCGGUAUGAUCUAGAAAAGAGACCUGGGCUUACUUCGCUUUUAGCAUAGCAGAUAAAGUUAUGAAAUUUAAUAAAUCGUUCUGAUAGUUUGACAUAUUGAAAUCUUGUAAUGUUGAAUGUUUGAAUUUAAACGUUUGUUCGAUGAAACCCAGCCUAAUUGAUAUGUGAAGUGUUUGUUUUAGAACCAAGACUUUAGUUUAGAUUCCAGACUGAACUACAAACUCCAGUUUUGAGAGUGUAGGCGCAAGUUUUUAAUGGGUGUAUUGAUUAUUGAAAUUGUUGGAUAGUGACAUUUAUAACUGUUGUUAUCUUAAAUUUAAAUUGGUUUGUUUUUGCAGUUUAAAUUUAUACUUGUGA